AUGAUUGGCACAGUGGAGAAGUCGAAGAAAGUUACUAGUAGCGAUGCUUUCAAAUUUAACUUUAAAUUUUGGCAAAUCCUUGGUGUCUACCCUAUUCGGAGUUGUAGUAUUUUAUAUGCAGUGUUUAUAACCCUGAGCGGGGGCUUAACAGCAACUAUGACCAUAUUUCUAUUCAGCUUAGACCGACUAAACGAUAUUUUGUUGAAUCUCUCAGUAAAUGCUACUUCGGCUGCAAUCAAUUUGAAAUCCCUCAAUAUUUUUUUUCGACGACAAACUAUCCUUGAUGCUAAUAUUUGGAUUCGCCAUUUAGAUUCACGCGCCAGUUCUGCACAGGAGCAGGCAUGCCUCCUUUUGGCAGUUCGAAGAGCACGUAUAGUCUUUUAUCUAACGUGCGCCAUGUUUUUUAGUUCAAUUAUAUUAGGAGAAUUCGCAGCUCUUCUGUCAAAUGAAGGAAAACUGAUGUGUCCCGCCUGGUAUCCUUUCGAUUGGCGAUAUUCAAUUUUAGGAUAUUCGAUUGUCCACGUACACCAGAUGGUGGUACUUAUGAUAUAUGCACUCGAGAAUAUUUCUAAUGAUACUUUUCCGGCCGUUUAUAUGCUUGUACUAACGAGUCAUGUGAAAACCUUAAACAUUCGAAUCAGGAAAUUGGGCAUGGACUCAGCUAAGUCCUGUAAAGACAACUGCCAGGAGUUGAUACAAUGCAUCAAAGAUCAACAGAUCUUAAUUGAAUAUUUUCAUAUGGUUCGGAAAGCCACUUCAGCUGCAAUUUUCCUUCAGUUUUUCGUCACUGGAAUUGGAGUCUGUGUCACUGCUGUUUGUGCAUUCUUUGCCAAUGGGAAUCUAUUCGAAAUCAUAUAUUUGGCAGAAUACUCAUUGUGCAUUAUUCUGGAAAUAUUCCUUUACUGUUAUUUCGGGAAUGAACUCGCGGACGAAAGCAAUCGUAUGAGUGGUGCAAUAUACUCAUGCAAUUGGACAAAUCAAGACAAAAGCUUCAGAAAAAAUUUGCUAAUCUUUCUGCAGUCAACACAGACAAAUAUGAUGAUUGUUGCUGGAGGAAUUUUCCCUGUCGAUUUAUCAACAUUUGUUUCGGUUAUGAAAAGUUCAUACUCACUCUUUGCUGUGCUGAUGCAGAUGACAUGAAACGGCCCAAUAAAUUAACAUCGGUAUUCUAUAAUAGUUAAGUUCUGUUGCAAUAAUAUUCAAAAUCUCCUUUCAUGUAUACACAUAAUACGUAGAAGUUGGAAAAAAAGCAAAAUGUUGGCGCUUACCUAGAGAUACUUCGAAAUCUUUAUGUAUGGCAAGAAAAUGACAUAAUUGGUACAGACCAUACUAAGAUUAAUGAAAAAUUAGGUAAUCGUUUAGUCACCAAGUCUACUGCAUGAAAAGUUCCUAGCCCGAUUUAUACUACAGGUACGGCAGUUAUUCGCCUUUGUAAUCGGCAACUUGCAA